AGUCGCGUCCUGCGCGCGCUCCUGGACGCACACACGAUCAGCUGAGCAACGACUCCCUCUCAGAAGAAGAGAGCGAGAGCUGCUUUCAGUCAGACUCACUCACUUACGCUCUGUGAGGACAGUUUCUUUGAGUUUUGUCUCCGUUUUUUAAUUUUAAUUUUUUUGAACUGCGUGUGUUGACGCUGCUUUCGUGGACGAGAUGUUGGAGAAGAUCGCCUCGAAGAAAUGAACACAGACUGUGCCAAGCCUUCUGUUGCUCCAAAGCCAAGGUUUGUUUGUCACACCAGCCUGAAGUGGCCCUCCCCUCUCAUGUCUGCAGCCAGGGGUCCCAAACCCUCUAUAGCCCCGAAACCCAAAGUCACACCAGAGCUUAAUGGUAACCAAGAAAUAGGUGUCAAUGGCAGCUUGCUAACUACAGAUGACGAAGCUGGCGAAGAGGAGGAGACAGAGAUUGGUUUAAACAAUGCUGUUACAAACAGAUUACUGGUAGAGAAACAAUUCAACGCCUACAACCGACAACCGCAGAAAGAAUUAGAGAAUGGGUCAUUUAGGGUGGAGGACGAGACGUCAACAGAUGUGAAAAGGGAAGAGGAAGAUGACGUGGUCCAGAAUAUGGACGAGGACUGGAGGUUGACUGACAGCGCUGUGACUGAGGAGGUUGACUCCCUGGAAACACUUUGGGUCAGUGAUGCAGGACUCACAGCCGACUCUGAGGACGUGGUGGAGAUGGCUGACACAGACAUGACGGAGGACAUGGAUGCCGAAGGUUUAGAUGCAGGCGAGGCUCUGGCAGACACGGAUGGCGUUUCAAUGGGAGACAUUUCUGUUAAUAGCAUUGAAGAGGAGGCAGGAUGCUAUUCCGCUGAAGAUGGACAUGUGAAAGAGGGGCAGGAAAUGGCCCAAACCAAGGAGGACGAAACAGGGGACUGUACAGCAGACGAUUUGACCGAAUCCCUCACAGACGAACCUGAUCUAUUUAUCAAUGGUGCUGAUUCAAAAGGUUUUACAACACAUGCAAAGGAGAGUGAAGAUGAACCUGCAGCUGAAUGUGUCAUCACAUGUGAAGUCCUGAAGUCUGGAUGUGGCCAUAAAAUAAAGCAAAAUGGCGAUUGUAAACGAGUCUGUGAUUUAAGUAAGAGGCAUUUUUCUAUUCAGGAUGAUCCAACUCAUGAGCCGUAUUAUGUUUCUUCAGAGGAUAUAAUAAACAGAGGAAUGAUACCCGGGAACAGCAAAGCUCAUGGACUACUAGAAAAGCAACUUUUACCUGGAGGCAGCAGUAGAGAAUUAGCAAAAAACAGACAAACAGACUGUAUGUCAACUGAGGAUUAUGUAGAGCUGGGUAAAAAUGGAUCCAGUGGCCACAACCUUGAUGAAAACAUGGUAAGAACGUGUCAGAGAAGGAUGACUUUUGAAAGCAGAGAAACCAUGGCUCAGGCUACUGAGGUUUUCCUGAAUCAUCUGGACUGCCAGCCAAGGUUCAGGCUGGUAUCCAUCUCAGUGCCAACAAAUGCUGAAAGCUCCCUGACAUCUUCUCUCUCAGAGAGCCAGCUGCUUUCCCCAAAUGACUCGGAUGUCUUUGUGGACGAGGAUGGUCACAUAGCACCAUUUCUUGAUGACACCUCUGAUACAGAGCAGGACAUCAGCGAUGAUCAUGUCUAUGAGGAGCCAGGGCACAGUUCAGAGGGUGAGAAUGUUUUUCCUUUUAGGAGGACCACAGAGUUGCGCUCCAGCUCACUUUCACACCGCACUAAUAGUAAUGUGUCUGAGGUGGGAGUGCACUAUCUUCAUAAGCCCUAUGUAACUGGUUUUGGUCAACCUGCAAUGAGUAGCAGCCCCAUGUUGAGCUCAGUUCUGCACAAGACCCACAAAAAAACCCAUUAUUUGUCCCUUUACCCACGCUCCCUCUCCAUGGAGGAUCAGGACACGACUUUGGGUGUCUACAGCUACAGGGAAGGAUCCUCAAGAAAAGGGGGGGCUAUUUGUUCAUCUGGUAGCUUCUCACGGUGCUCACCUCUAUCUUCCAGUGGUCUGUCCACUCCAACAUCUGUAGUGGACAUCCCUCCACCGUUUGAGCUGGCCUACAUCACCAAGAAGCCCAUCACAAAGAGUUCCCCCUCACUUUUUGUCGAAGGAGACUCAUCAGAGAAAACCAGGAAAAAGAAAUCUUCCAUUAAGCGCUUCCUGAUGCUCAAAUUUAGGCGGAAAACAGAGAGCAAGCCUGUGGUGGAUGUCAGUCCGUCCUCCUUUAAGACCUCUGUGGAGUCCAGCCACCACACACACAGCAGAUUGCUGGAUCUUGAUAGACACAGCACAAGUAGCUCCCCACAUCUGAACUCACGCUCUGCUGGUAAAACUCGUUUUUCCCCAGAGCCGGCUUCCACCUUUUUGUUCUACAAGGACAGCAAAAGAAAAGGGAACUCCGUGGCCUUCCUGAAUCGCAGUGUUGUUCGAGUAGAGUCCUUUGAGGACCGCUCUCGUGUGCCUUCGACGUCUCUUCCCCUGACCAAGCCUCGCUCCAUCUCCUUCCCCAACACAGAUACCUCAGACUACGAGAAUGUUCCUGCCAUCAGCUCAGACUACGAGAACCUGCAGGUCCCGCAGAGGAGGCCUGUCCGACAGGCACCCUAUACAGACUACUUUGAUCGUCCCGGUCGGAUGCUGUCCGCUGCCAAUGAGACUGAUGGAUAUGUGGACAUGAGCAGCCUACCCGGGUUUAAGAGUAAAACUCAGUCAUCAGAAGAGGAAGCAGAAAGCGCCUAUACAGAAGCCUACAACGUGUGCUCAGUGGCUCUUGCUCCACAGACUGUAUCAGUGGGUGAUGUCCGUGAAGGGACAGCGGGUGAGGAAGACCAGGGACGCACCUCAGAGGAGGAAGAGGCAGGUGCAGACAGCACUUUCGACAGACAGCCUGAUGGGCGAUCCAGAGCCUUUUAUAUUGCAAAGGAGCUGGUGGAUACAGAGAGACUACAUGUGAAAGCCCUCAAGCUCCUGCAGGAGGACUUUCGGGAAGCAGUGGGGGCAGCAGUCGGGGAUGAGGGUGACUCUGUUUUGGAUGAAGACAGGCUUCGAGAGAUUCUUAACGAGCUUCCUGAUGUUUACACCCUUCACCGCAGAAUCCUCAACGAGCUGGAGAAUCGAAUACGGCACUGGGAGGAGAGCCAGAGGAUCGCAGACAUCUUCCUGUCCAGAAAAGCAGAGUUCUUGGUUUUUACAACUUACAUCGGCCACUACGACAGAAGUAUGAACCUGCUGGAGGACAGCUGCAGAACCUCACCCGCCUUUGCAGCUAUUGUUCACCAGUUUGAGCAGCAGAGUCCAGCUGGAGAAAAAGUGUCUCUAAAACAUCAGCUCCUGCAGGUCAUCGUGCGUGUAGCUCAGUACCGCAUGCUCCUCACUGAUUACCUGAACAACCUUUCCCCUGAUUCCCAGGAAUAUGAAUACACCCAGGCUGCUGUGGCGGUGGUGUCUGAUAUAGCAGAUCAAGCAAAUGACAGCUUAAAACACGGGGAGAACUUGUUGCGUCUGGUCAACAUUGAGUACAGUGUGCUCGGCCAGUGGGACCUGUUGCAGCCUGGCAGGGUCUUCGUGAAAGAGGGCACCCUGAUGAAGGUCAGCAGGAAGAGUCGACAGCCUCGCCAUCUGUUUUUGAUGAAUGAUGUGCUACUGUACACCUACCCUCAGCAGGAUGGGAAAUACAGACUGAAGAAUACUCUGCAACUCACUGGACUAAAGGUCAGUAAACCCAUCAUAGAAAAUGUCCAAAAUGCCCUGAGGAUUGAGGGAGAAGACAUCUCCAUCACUCUGUCAGCAGGCUCCUUCAUUGAAAGAGAGGACUGGUUUUACACUCUGAGCCGCACCGUGACUGAACAUGCCAGAGGAUCUGUAUCAUUCAACAGCGUGGGCUUAGCAGAGGCCAGAGAUUGUCUGCGUCUGUCUCUCGGAGAAAAAGCUCCCACACUUGUUCCAGUCUCGCAGGUAGUGAUGUGCAUGAACUGCACCUCAGACUUCAGCCUCACUCUGCGCAGACACCACUGCCACGGCUGCGGGAGAAUUGUUUGUCGGAGCUGCUCCAGGAACAGAUACCCACUUAAAUACAUGAACGACCGCAUGGCCAAAGUGUGUGACUAUUGUUACAACGAGCUCAAGAAGAGAGGGGAUGAUGUGUCCGCAUUGUCAGGGAAGGGCAGCCCUCGUCCUAGCCGCUCCAGUCGUCCUCUCUCUGCUGUGUUCCAAAACAUUCAUCCUCCUAACAUCUGGAGACAUCGCAAAGGCACUGCCUCCUUCACCCAGGUGACAUUGUCAGAGGAAGGCUCCAUCAGUGGCAGUCUGCACUGCAGCAAGAAGACCAAGAGGAGCUGGAAGAGGCUGUGGUUCCUCCUGAAAGACAAGGUGCUUUACACCUACAGAGCCCAAGAGGAAAAAGUAGCAUCCGAGACUUUACCUCUGCUGGGAUUCACAGUGAAGCUUCCUGACAGACCGAUGGGGGAGGAGGAGGCCAACAUCUUCCAGCUUUACCACAAAAACACUUUGUAUUACACCUUUAAAGCAUCAGACAACUACACAGCCCAGAGGUGGGUGGAUGCCAUGGAAGAAGCCACAGUUUUAUAGGAUCAGCUGCCCUGGUGAGGUGGCUGGAUGAUGCAACAAACCAACUGUGAAACCAAAAAGAGAAGAUUGUUUGAUAAUGUAAUGUUUCUAAUGCAAGUAGAAACUUGCUUGGCUGGACUGAAUAAAAAGUGGCAUGAUGUUCUUUGAGAGGGGACAUGAUUACCUACUUUGUCACCCUCCUGUGUCCCCUGCCUGCUGCUGCAGCAGGCGUGAAGCUGAGAGCCUCGACAGGCGUUGGCCCAGAUACCUGCAAGUGUGGAACAUUACAUGAUGUGACCUGUAUUUCCUCCCAGAAGCUGAGGAGAGACAUUCCUCAGGAAGAAGAGGGAGAUUUUAGGGAAAAGAAAUGCUAGGAUUUUGAUUCUUUUUGCACAAAUUAAAUCAAAAACCACGUAAAAAUCAUUUCAAAAACUGAACAAACAUGUUGUUUCCAUGGAGGCAAAAAAGGAGACGAAUUUAACCCAGCCAAAUUAAAUUUGCCUUUAUUUCUACAUGUGUUCUUCCACUGGAUUACAUGCAGCUCUGUGAGUCAUAUUUUAAAAGCACAUGCUGCUUCAAGGAACGAGUCAUUUAAAAUGUAUAGAGGUGUCAGUAGAUUGCCAUGUACUGUAUUAUGGAAGGUUAUUCUGCCAGAGAAUAAAUAGUUAUGCUUUUUAAAAACGUAUAUGAAAAGAAAUGAACCUAUUAAAAAAUAUGUUUACCUUAAUCUCAAGAGGCCAAAAACUUCAGUUACAGGACUUAAUCUAAUUUACUUUGUGUGCUUUUUAUUGGGAGAAACAUUCCCCACUGUGUCUUCUUUGUGUUGCAUAUCUUUAACAGAAAUAUGUAAUUCCUUUUUGUACUAAGGAUAAACAUCUAGAUAUGCACAAGUUGGCCCUGGAUGAAACUUUGUACUGUACUUGUUUGAGUCAUAUUGAAAUGUCUAACAAUAAAUUAAAAUAAAGUAAAGAGACUGUAAGGAGAAAAGUGACCCUUGUGUUUCCUCUGUACUCUCUUUCUGUCCUCUAGAGAGCCAAAGUUUAAAAUUUCAACAGGGUG